CGGUCUGUAUAACCUUUUUUCGUAAUAUUAUAAAGCAGAAAGUGAAUACGGUGCUCUUAGACGUAUAACCUUAUGUGCCAAACCCAUCAAAACUACGUAGUUUUGAUUAAAAUCCUUAAAAAGAUAAAAUAAACCUUUAAUCUCUUAAAUCCCUAACUAGCUAAAACAAAAAGAACGACUGCAAAUCCCCAAAUCCAAAUCGCCUGCAAAUCCCAUGGCUUCUCUAAUUACGAAUCUGAAGAUAAUAUCAAUUUUGUUGUGUUCCACUCAAAAUUAAUCGAUCAAGCUUCUCUUAUUACGAAUCUGAAGACAAGAUUCGAUCAGGCUUCUCUAAUUUUGGUGUGUUCCACUCUCAAUUAAUCGAUUAGAACAUUCAGAAGCUAAGCUAAUGGAUUCAAGAGUUCAACCAGAGGAGGAAGCUUUAGAAUCGAAUUUGAUUGACGAUAUUAAUGCAAAUGGGUAUUUAGUCGUACAUAGCGAUUCCGAUGUUGAAGUAGAGAAUAUAAGAGAUUUUGAGUUUGAGAAAGAAGUAGAUGAUGAUGUGCUCGGGCAAGUAUUUGAUACUCUUGGUGACGCAUAUGAUUUCUACAAUCGCUAUGCAUUUGUACAUGGGUUUGGAAUACGUAUUCGUUCGACUUUUAAGGAUAAGACAACAAAUGAACCUUAUAGGAGGAAAUAUGUAUGCAACAAAGAGGGGUUUAAAGAUUUAAAGCGUGAUAGUUCUAAAGGAGAUGUCAAACGUCGUAGGGAAUUAAGGACCGGAUGUGAAGCACUUCUUAGGAUUUCAAAAGGUAAAGAUGGAAAAUGGCUAGUAGAUAAAUUUAAUGAUUCACACAAUCAUGAACUAACUGUUACUCCGACCAAAGUUAUGAAACACCGGUCUCAUGGGAAGUUUCACCGCGUAGAAGCUUGCAAAUCUCUAAUGUCGGAACUUAGUCAAUCCAGGUUGAAACCUAGUCAAAUGAGGAAGGUCGUGAACACCAUGAAAAGUCCAUGUGAAAAUGAUGUGACAUCAAAGCAAUGUGCUGAUAUCUUAGCUGUUGAACGGAAACAAUACAAAGGCAAGGAGUUCUAUGGGCUUAUUAAGCAUUUCCAAGAUAAACUAAUAAAAGAUCGAAACCUCUAUUUUGUUGUGGAUUUAUUUGAGGAUGGAUCUCCAAGAAAUAUUUUUUGGGCUGAUGGGAGAUCAAGAGACGCAUAUAUAAAGUUUGGAGAUGUUGUUGUGUUUGAUGUCACAUAUAUAACCAACAAAUUUAAGAUGCCAUUUGCUCCUUUUGUCGGGGUAAAUCAUCAUCCCCAGUCAAUACUUUUCGGUGGUGCGCUAUUGGAGAAUGAGAAGCAAGACACUUUUGAAUGGUUAUUUAAAAAUUUCUUGAAGUGCAUGUUUGAUAAGUAUCCCUCAGCGAUGAUUACAGAUCAAGAUAAAGCUAUCUGCAAUGCAAUACAAAGUGUUUUUCCAAACACUCGACAUCGUUAUUGUUCAUGGCAUAUUAAGAAACAUGAGACCGAGCAUCUUCGACCUCUAAAAGUUCAUUAUAGUGACUUUGAAGAGUUACAUAAGUAGUGGGUAAAGAGUAAUACAAUUGAAGAAUUUGAAAGUCGUUGGGAAUUUUUAUGUGGUAAAUAUAAUUUUCAAAGCGGCAGUUGGAUAACGGAGAUGUAUAACCAACGUAAAUAUUGGGCUAAAGCCUUCUUGAAAGAUUUUUUCUUUGCUGGCAUGACAUCAAGCAGAAGAAGUGAGAGUAUUCACUCUUUUUUUGAUGGAUAUGUAAAUUCCAAGACCAUGUUGAAUGAGUUCGUAAUACAGUAUGAUAAAGCUGUUGAGGCUCGAAGGGCUGCCGAAGAAGAUGAAGACUUCAAGACCAUGAACUCCAAGCCAGUUCUUUCUUCUGUUAAUUUGAUAGAGGCAAAAGCGAGUUCACAUUACACAAGAAAUCUCUUUGAUGUAUUAAAAAAGGAAUGGAUUGAAGCUACCUUCAAUUUAACUCAUGAGACCAUAAGCAAGACUUCUGAAGAAAUCAUAUAUAAGGUUGGACAACUAGAUAUAGAUAAAAUAUAUUGGAGAAAUGUUAACUUUCGUGUCUCAGAUAAGAUAGAUGUUACAUGUUCAUGUGCAAAGUUUGAAACAUAUGGGAUAUUAUGCAAGCAUAUCUUGUAUGUCUUGAAGAAGAGACAAGUUGAAACUCUACCUGGUCAUUAUAUUUUACCUAGGUGGACUCUAGAUGCAAGGUAUAAGGUGGAUAAUUGCACUAUUAGGCUCGAAGACACACAUAAUGAGAAUGAAGUAAGUGGGUUAACUUUAUGGUAUGUUCAAUCAAAUUUUAGAAAAGCGAUCGAACAAGCAAGAGAUUCCCCGAUUGAGAUAAAGAAACUAAACAUUAUCCUUUUGAAGUUUUUAGAAGAGCAAAGUAUUCGAACAAGGUCGAAACAAUUAGAGACCGCUUCACAAGAUUCUAUGGCUGGAAGCUCUAAAGUGAACAUGAUACCUCAAAUUUCUAUUCAGGAUCCACUAGUCCAUACUAAUACUAAAGGUCGACCUAAAGUGCAACUCGAAUCAAAUCAUCCCUUGAAGCACCAAAAAAGAGAGCGUGUUCUCACUACAAGAAACUAGGUCAUUACAUCAGCAGUUGUCCAAAAAAGAAGGUAAGAUCUAUAUAUUUAUAAUUAAUUGAUGUUAGUAUAAUACUUAUAUUAAAUUUUUUCAGAUGGAAGAAUCGUUAACUUAAACGGGUCAAAAAUAUAGUGAACUAAAACGAAAAGGGUCAAAAUAUAGUGAAUUAAGAUGAAACGGGUCAAAAUAUAGUGAAUUAACUUAAACGGGUCAAAAUAUAGUGAACUAAAACGAAAAGGGUCAAAAUAUAGUGAAUUAAAUGAAACGGGUCAAAAUAUAGUGAACUAAAACGAAAAGGGUCAAAUAUAGUGAAUUAAAAUGAAACGGGUAAAAAUAUAGUGAAUUAAAAUGAAACGGGUCAAAAUAUAAUGAAUUAACUUAAACGGGUCAAAAUAUAGUGAACUAAGAUGAAACGGGUCUAAAUAUAGUGAAUUAACUUAAACGGGUCAAAAUAUAGUGAAGUAAGAUGAAACGGGUCAAAAUAUAGUGAAUUAACUUAAACGGGUCAAAAUAUAGUGAACUAAAACGAAAAGGGUCAAAAUAUAGUGAAUUAAAUGAAACGGGUCAAAAUAUAGUGAACUAAAACGAAAAGGGUCAAAAUAUAGUGAAUAAAAUGAAACGGGUAAAAAUAUAGUGAAUUAAAAUGAAACGGGUCAAAAUAUAGUGAAUUAACUUAAAUGGGUCAAAUAUAGUGAACUAAGAUGAAACGGGUCAAAAUAUAGUGAAUUAAAUAAACGGGUCAAAAUAUAGUGAAUUAAAAUGAAACGCGUCAAAAUAUAGUUAAGUAAUAUGAAAUGGGCCAAAAUAUAGUAAGCAAAAUGAAAUGGUUACUAAACAAACCCCACUGUAGUAGUCAUUGGUUCCACUUUUCAUUCACUUUGUUUUGAGUCAAUGUCUGUAUGUUUGGGAUGAUGAUUUUGUCACCAAAAAACAAAAUUUCAUAGCUAAGGUAACUGGCUUUUAUAGACAACAUUAAAGCUUGUCAUUAUUAGACUCUAGUUAUGUGGUUUAAAGCUUCAAACAACAUUAUGCAUCAACUUUGAUCUUUGCCUAUUA